UGCGAAUUUGGGGGAAUUAAAUGGCGAUGCCUUCUACUGUUCUCGUCGCCGUCUUCCUCCUCUUCCUCGCCGCCGGUUCCUCCGAUUCCUCCACCGCAUCCCUCCCCUUUAACUCCUCCUUCACCCUCCUUCCUCCCCCGCCACCGGAUUCCCCGCUCCCUCGACCGCUCCUGAGGGAGGUGGUGAGGGCGCUCGCGGCCAAGGAGGGGUGGGAUCCGGCGGCUGAGGUUAGGAUCGCCGAUUUGGACGGAAAGACCGCCAGGGUCGGCGUGUCACAGAGGUAUGAGUUUCACGUUAGGGUCGGCAGGAGGGCCAUGAUCGUGAGGUUCUACGAUGAGGCCGUCUCGUGGAGAAGGGCGGAUGGGGCAGUUGUUGAGUCUGGGUCGGACUUGGUCGCUGGUGAUGGGGUCGCAGGGCUCACGCCGGCCGUCAGGGCUUUGGAGUUGGUGGGGCCGCUCGAUUUGAGGGUUGACGGCGGUGGUGGAGAUGCUGAUCUGAUCUCGCUGCAUUUGCCCACUUCAAACAUCACCUAUAGUGGCUUAAGGCAGAUAUUUGUUGGUUUUGGCAUCAGGAUAAAGAUAGAGGGUGCCCAAGGAGUCUCUCUCAGCCACCCUUACGAUAUUGGGCUUUCGCUUAAUGGAAGCUUAGCUGCACAUGUUGAACACAAUAAUAAGUUUUGGCACCUUGGCUACUCCUCUUGCGUACCACAUCUCUCAGUGCAUGUCGUGGGAUCAGUAUCAGUAUCGGCUCAUGGGUACGAUAACACUGUAGGUGACAUCGAAGCUGCAUUCAAGACCGAUGAUACUGUUGAAUUGCUACCUGCAAAAUGUUACAGCAAUGGCCAUGUAAAGCAGAUAUCAUCCUGUUCAUUUUGUUUUGUCAGUUCGAGGUUGAGCAUGCUAGACAAACUCGUUGGGGGCUUGCUCGGCAACAAUGUCUCUCCCGACACAUCCGUACGAUUCACCAAAGCAAAGAUCACAUCGGCAACUGUAAUCAAAUUCCGAUUGCAGCUCGAAAGAGACAUUACCGAGAACAACAACAGGAGCUUGGAAAAGGUACCAGAAUGGAAACAGAAACCCAAGGCUGCACAAAGCUGGUUGGAGAUAAUGGCUAGAGUGGAAGGAGAAGGGCGGCUGAAGCCUGUGUUAGUAAAAAAGCUGAAGAGACCUUACACUAUCGCGGAUUCUAUUUCUUUCAGCAGUUUGAUGUCAAAUAUUUCGUUCACAAAAUUUCCAUCAUUCGUCGUACCUCCCGAGGCUUUGACAUUGGACGUAAAGUGGUAGGGAGGAUGUACAGUUUCUGUCCGGCAAUCGUGGACUCACAGAAAGGAGAUGAAGUGCACAUAACUUUGUAUCCGUCGUCUGCGUAUAUAGAGGAGGCCACGGAGAGAGUAUUCAUGGUAGGAAAUUUGCUGUCUAUGUGUCAAACAGAGGUUGUAAAUUAGUAGAACCCGUCCUUCUGUGACGAAUAAUUUGUGUUGGAUUACCAGAAUAUAUAUGAUGGUCUGUUCCAAACUUCUUUUGGGAUUGGAGUUAGAA